AAAUAUUUUCUCUUGUAAAAAUUCUACUACAUAAUAAUUUCUGUUUGUGCAAAUUGUAGUCCUCUCCAGUUUUACAGUAGUUUUGACCCUCAAACCUGUAAAGCUUUGUAAUGGGUCAAGUGAAAAGUCAGUUCAGUGAGGACGAGCUUCAGGAUUAUGAAGAUUUGACAUACUUUACAAAGAAAGAAAUUUUGUAUGCUCACAAGAAAUUCAAGAAUCUCGCUCCAGAAAAGGUAGGUCACAACAAGAAUGCGAAACUGUCGAUGAGCAAAGUCCUUGAGUAUCCGGAACUGAAGGCCAAUCCCUUCGGGGAUAGGAUAUGCAAAGUGUUUAGCUCCAGCAACGAUGGUGAUAUAACGUUCGAGGACUUUCUUGAUAUGAUGUCUGUGUUUUCUGAUGCUGCACCAAAAUCGGUGAAAGCCGAACACGCCUUUCGAAUCUAUGAUUUUGAUGGUGAUGACAUGAUAGGUAGGAAUGAUCUGAAGCAAGUUAUCAAACGACUGGUAGAUUACAAUUCGGAUCUCGGGGACAACGACAUUGAACAACUCAUCAAUAAUAUCCUUGAAGAAGCUGAUUUAGAUGAUGAUGGUGCAUUGUCGUUUGCAGAAUUCGAACAUAUUAUCGACAAAUCGUCUGAUUUCAUUAACUCUUUCCGUAUACGACUAUAACAUGCAACACUCUGCUACCUGUGUCUCAAAAACUUUCGAAUGUAUUACUAACGAUCAUAUAGUCCAACUCGUGAUGUAAUUUAAGUAUAUGCAAACGCACAAUUUCAUAAUAAAAUUGUAUUUGUAUUGUUUUGAAUAGAAGAUUCCUUACAUGCCUAUGAGUCGGAGCCACCUGUGAGGCCCCUAAGGCUGAAGGUAGCCUGGUAGCUUCAUUCGCAUGAAAAUCCACGUUGUAAUAAACGACACCACGAUAAAGAUGAA